AUGAGCUCAAAGCGCAAGGUGGCAGAAAUGAGCGAAAAUGACUUCAAGUUUUUGCAUGAGCGACUGAGUGUGCUAGCCAAACACAGUACUCCGGAUGCUAGGAGCUUUCUCUUGUUCGUCAAAUCCCUCAUGCCCAAUUCGUUAAAACUCAGACUGCUCGAGUAUGGUUUCUCAAAGGACAAUGGCGACUCUAUAGCAGCUGCUCAACAGUUGUCACAACUCUGUUCCUCACACCGUGAUUCCCUCAGAGACGAGGCAAACGCCUUGUUUAAUGGAAUAACGAGUUCCGAUCGAAUUAGCCUUGAUAUAUUUACCAAACUCACGCCUACUGCACAACGUGACAUACUAAGCAUCUACUUUGAGCAUGGCUGUGAACUCCUAACAAAAAUAGACACAUUGAUGUGUCUUUUAAACAGUCGAGAAAUCCGUGCUCAAUCCCAACUCGUCCCGACUCUUCUUGCUUGGACGUAUGAUAGCUUACGGGAAGGUGAGCUUAAUCUGCUACGUAGCAGUGUGGACACGCAUGUCGAAUCUCCUCCCAUGAGGUCACCGGACUGUUCCAUGGACCCUCAAAAUACGGUUCACAAGUUGACAGAUGCGAUGGAUGAAGGUGAGGAAGGUGAAGUGCUCGGGGAUGAUGAGGAGGAGGAAGAAGAAGAGGAAGAUGAGACGUCAGGAACGAAACUCGAAAAUAAUAACCAACGAGCUGUAAAAAAGUUGACAAUCAACGUAUACAAACUGAAAAUGGCGUUUGAACUCUUGCCCGUCAUGCAUAAGUUACGUGACACAGUGAAAAUUGACCGAAAAUUGUUGGAGGGAGUGACGACUAGUUCCCUGGGCUUUUUGUGCCACUAUUUGUCUUCGUACCCCCCUGAACCGCCCGUUAUUGGGACGCAGAAGCCCAUGACUGAUCUGUGUAAAGCUGCUCCAAAAGAUUAUCUUCGAAGUUGUCUUGGAAUGUGUGGCGAGUUAUUACAAUGGUCUCAUGAUAUUCUUACACAAUCAGAGCGAAGCACUUCGACAACUGAAUCCUCUCCUAAAUACCCACUGAAAAGUGCUGAGAAUUUGGUUGUGGUUUUCGAACAAUGCAUGGAAGAGGUGAGGCGCCAUGCGGCUUCUGGCAGCAACGAAACCACGCCGAAGAAGCGGCGCUCUAGCCAGCGGAAAACAGACACUCACUACAACAUCAAAGUCCUAGUCUCACAGGCGGCCUGUUUAUUCUGGUAUCUUCUCGUCCAUCUGGGUUUGGAGUACUUUUCACAAGAAAGGCCAAACGUAUUUACUGUAUCGGAAGAAAACUCUGUGUCCUAUCACCCUGUCAACCUCAGUAGGCUGUUUCCAGAUGUGAAAGUCAGUCCUGGUGUAGUCAAAGGUGAUCUUGAUUCGUCCCCUAUUUUGCUACUGAGUCGCCUCUGGCACUGGUUGAAGUACGACUCAGGGUCCGGCAAGGCAUCUCUCGGUCACAAAGACAUCGACUCGUGGAUGGGAAAACUCGGUUUUCAGCUUCCUGUUGGCAUACCACAUCCGGAUAUCUCUCUAGAAACGCUCAUAUACGCAGACUUACUAUUCUUAUACCCAGAAUAUUCAAAUGUUCAGUCUAACAAGCCCCUUUCGGAGUUAUUCUCCACUUCCACAACAACUCCGAACUGUUUCCUUGCUUACUCUCCUUUAAUACGUGACUUUUUACACUGGCUUUCGGUGGCGUGCGAUGUCACCUCUCCAGACCCAUCGACUAAAUCGAAGAACCAAUUCGAACUUCAGUCCGAUUUCAUCCAACAACUAUCUGUUGUCUCGAACAAUGCACCGAUCAACGCGUCUUUUCUACCCAAACACGUUCAUGGACAACUGUGGAUGAUCCCGCUAGUGCAACCUGUGAUUGACUAUCUUGGUUGCAAAGUGAUUACAUCUUGGCUAAGCCUAAUUUUCCGUGAAUCCGCUACGCUUCCAAACACUGUUCAAGCGGAUACUGCUUCCUUAUUGGCUUGUCUCGGUCAAGUCGAUACACUCACCCAAUUUGCUGCUACUUUCUCUACACCAAACACUUUGCCGUUUACGGAAAUUUUGAGGUUGUUGAACGUACAUUGGCCGUAUGCACGUAAGAAGUUCGCGUCCUGGCUCAAGCGGUCACCACGGAUUAUUGAGGAUUCGGGACUUCUUAGUCAGCUGGCUCAUCUAGAGGUGGAGUAUCGGAAUUCAGGCGGCAGCACCAACAGGCUUGGACAACGUGGCAAUAUCCCAGCCCUCGUGCUUCCUUCGGGUGGCAUGACAGCUAGGCACAGAAAGGAUGCUACACCUGAGCGCUAUUAUUAUUAUUAUUAA